CUCUGCUUUAUCCUCUCCUCUGACCCGAGGGUUCCUGUUCUUACCUUACCUCCGCACAGCUCUUAGAACCAUGUCUCUCUGCCUGGAAGUACCCAGUCCUGUCCCUUUCUGGGUAUCCAACACCCCCUUUUUCCACAGGUGACAGUACUGAUCACAAUGCUGUCAGGCCGGUGGUGGCCAAGUACUUGGGGGAGUCUAGGGCUGGGGCCCCGAAACACUUCUCGGGGAUCCAAGCUCUGUGCCCUCUAUGCCUUCACUUACACUGCGGCAGAUGGGCGGCAGGUAUCUCUGGCUGAAGGGGACAGAUUCCUACUGCUUCGGAAGACCAACUCAGACUGGUGGUUGGUGAGGCGCCUGGGCGCUUCCUCCACCUCUCGACCCAUCUUUGUCCCAGCUGCCUACAUGACAGAGGAAUCUAUCCCUUCCCAGAGCCCAACCACCAUCACCCCCGGCCACUUCUGGAGUCCUGGUCCAAAAUUGUUUCUUGGCUCAUUGGAGAAGCUGCGCCUGUCUCAGGAAACCCCAGGCAGAGCCCAGGCUACCUCUCAGCAGCCUCCUCCUCUUCCCCCCAAAAUGUGUAGAAGUGUUAGUGUUACCGAUUUGAAGUCUACCCCCCUGAAGCCCUUCCAGGAAGGACCAAGUGGAAGAUCUCUGUCCCAGGAAGACUUGCUGACAGAGGGCAGUGCCCACGUGGCGGGACCCCAGCCCCUCAUGUCAGAGGCCCCUGUGUACUGCAACUUGGUGGACCUUCGCAGCUGUCCCCGGUCCCCGCCCCCAAGCCCUGCCUGCCCCCCUCUGCAGAGGCUGGAUGCCUGGGAACAGCACCUGGACCCCAACUCUGGACGCUGCUUUUACAUAAAUCCGCUAACUGGCUGCAAGUCCUGGAAGCCCCCACGCCGCAGUCGCACCCGGGAGACGAACCCUGGCUCCAUGGAGGGGACACAGACCCUGAAUAGGGACAACGGUGUCCUGCAAUCUCAGGCAGAGGGCUCAGAAUCUGACACAGGGCCCCCAGAACUGCUCGACCACCAGGGUUCACCCUACCUCUGCCAACGCGCCUCCCAGCUCAACCCCUCAGACCAGCCUUCAACCUGGCAGACCCCCCGGCCUCUGCCGCAGGUCCUGGACGACCCCCAUGAGGUGGAAAAGUCGGGUCCGCUCAACGUGACUAAGAUCGCCCAGGGGGGGCGCAAGCUCAGGAAGAACUGGGGCCCAUCGUGGGUGGUGUUAGCGGGUAACAGCCUGGUGUUUUACCGAGAGCCACCGCCGACCGCGCCCUCCUCAGCCUGGGGACCAGCGGGUAGCCGACCCGAAAGCAGUGUGGACCUGCGCGGGGCGGCCCUGGCCCAUGGCCGUCACCUGUCCAGCCGCCGCAACGUCCUGCACAUUCGAACGGUCCCUGGCCAUGAGUUCCUGUUGCAGUCAGACCACGAGACUGAGCUGCGGGCCUGGCACUGCGCGCUGCGAGAUGUCAUCGAACGCCUGGAUCGGGAGAACCCCCUGGAGCUGCGUCUGUCAAGCUCUGGACCCGCGGAGCUGAGCGCCGGGGAGGACGAAGAAGAGGAGUCUGAACCCGUGUCCAAGCCACUGCUACGUUUCGGCGCCCGCAGGAGCUCCAGUCGCUGUCCCGAAGGAAUUGAGCAGAACCGCGUCCGGAACAAGCUGAAGCGGCUUAUCGCGAAGAGACCACCCUUGCAAAGCCUGCAGGAGCGGGGCCUGCUCCGAGACCAGGUGUUUGGCUGCCAGUUGGAAUCACUGUGCCAGCGGGAAGGGGACACCGUGCCCAGCUUUGUGCGGCUCUGCGUUGCAGCUGUGGAUAAGAGAGGUCUAGAUGUAGAUGGCAUUUACCGGGUGAGCGGGAACUUGGCAGUGGUCCAGAAACUUCGCUUCCUCGUGGACAGAGAGCGGGCGGUCACCUCCGAUGGGAGGUACGUGUUCCCUGAACAACCAGGACAAGAAGGCCGCUUAGAUUUGGACAGUGCUGAGUGGGAUGACAUUCAUGUGGUCACUGGAGCCCUGAAGCUUUUUCUCAGGGAGCUACCCCAGCCUCUGGUACCCUCACUGCUGCUGCCCCAUUUUCGUGCUGCCCUUGCACUUUCCGAAUCAGAGCAGUGCCGCUCUCAAAUACGAGAAUUAAUAGUCUCAAUGCCAAAGCCCAACCAUGACACUCUGAGGUACCUCCUGGAGCAUUUAUGCAGGGUGAUAGCGCAUUCCGAAAAGAACCGCAUGACCCCCCACAACCUGGGAAUUGUGUUUGGACCAACCCUGUUUCGGCCUGAACAGGAGACAUCUGACCCAGCAGCCCAUGCACUCUACCCUGGGCAGCUAGUCCAGCUGAUGCUCACUGACUUCACCAGCCUCUUCUGAAGGGGCAAGGAGGAAGAGAAAAUGUAUUUCCAGUGGUCUCUGUUGUACCCUUUGGUGAUGUGGUGUUGGAGGGGGUCGGAUAUUCUGAGGAUAUCCCUUUAAACCAUGUCUCUUAAAUCCUGUGUCUCCCCAUGACUGUCUCCA